UUGCGAUAGCAAUAGAUAUCUGUAGAACGCAUUAUAAAAUCAGUUGACGAUCGACUGCUCCGUGCUAGUACCUUUCUAGCAGUGAAUCAGGUCGUCUCCACAUCAUGCAAGGAUCUGUAUCUACCGUCUGGAUCGCGCUCCUGGCGCUGGGCGUGAGCGCCAUCACUGCCGAGCCGACGUGCCGUCCGACCGGCCAGUAUCUGACGGCUAAUCCACGGGACUGCCGGUCGUACUUCUACUGUUACGACGGCAUCGCUUACUACGGUGUCUGCCAGCAGGGUUUCCGGUUCGAUGAGAGCCGCCAGUCCUGUCUGCCGUCCACGGUGGCCGAGUGUUUCGAGUGCCCGACGAUGGGCAUGGUCUCGCUGCCCCAUCCAACCUCCUGCCAGAAGUUUGUGCUUUGCUUCGAGGGAGUGGCGAAUGAACGAUCGUGUCCGACUGGGCUGCUGUUCAAUCGCCAAAUUCAUCAGUGUGAUCUGAGCGCUAAAGUGAUCUGCUGAUCUUCGACGAAAACAAA